CACGCAUCACCUGACAGAUAUCCCGGGAUUCCUUGGAUUAACAUCAUAUUUCAUCGCUUUUCCUUUAAAAAUGUCACGAGCAAUAUAUCUUGUCGUUUUCAGCAACGGUUCCAAGCCUGCUCACUGGGCCAUCUGGAUUCCGACCGGCAACGCGGGAGCCAAAGGAAAAUUGAUGCAUGCUACGGGUAACCCAGCUACAGGCUUCUUCCUCGAGUUUCGGCGCAACUACGAUUUCGAAGAUGAAACCCGAAGAUAUAAAGUCAUUGAGUUGGCGCAAGUCAGUGACAAGUAUAUUGCAGAUACAGUAGGGAACGGCGAGCUCAUAAACGAAACGACAGCUCGUGAUCGCUUUGAAUCAGCUGCAACUACUGUAGCACCUCCAGGCAAAAGUCCUAAUCCAUUUGAUCCAAAAGCCCUCAAUUGCCAGGAUUGGAUAAAGGCCUUUGUCGAAAAGCUUAUCGCUAUGGGUUAUAUUGACGACGGUUCUACCACGGUGGUCCAAGAUGCUCCCAGGUAUCUUUGACCGCCGAAUACCACUGUCGUUGAGAGAGGAUAUACAGAGUAGUUGGCGAGUUUCAGGGGCGGCAGCAUCAGGAACAACAACGUUAUCAGAUUAUGGAGCGAAUCGCAACACUACCCCAAAUUGUACACUUGGGCAUCUUACCUAAAUUUACGGUGAACCUGUACAGCAUGAAAAAGGACAGCGAAACUAAGCUCGCCAACGAAUUAGUGCGACGAAUUUUUCCGAGGCUUGGACCUGCCGUCAGUUAUUGAGAAUUGUCCGAGAUCGUUCAAUAAACCCUC